AUGGCGAUCCAAACCAGACGUUAUGGCUUUAUUUCCUGGUGGGAACGAAUAUAUACUCUUGUCGUCUUGUUUCCUCUGCCACUGAUAACUCUCUAUCGCCUGGCCAUCUUCAAUUUUUUGCCGUCUGAGCGACACAAACGAUGGCAGCGCGUUCUGGGCGAUGCUUCGUUCAGAUACAUCAGUUCGUCUUUGAGUGUCAACCAGAUGCAGAAUCUUAUGGGAACGACUCUGGAUGUUUACAGAAAGUUUGCCAAGGCCAAUUCCUUGCCCAUAGUUAUUGAUGAACUGGACGACGAUACACGACUGCUUUGGUUUGGAGAACGGCAAUUCGAAAAUAUUGUUUUCUAUGUUCAUGGCGGCACAUAUUGUCUCCCUUUACAGGAUUUUGCAGCGUCCUUUUGGAAAUACACAAUUGAGGAAUUGAGAAACAGGACGAAUAAGAAUAUUGGAUUUGUGGCUUUGAACUAUUCUCUCAUUCCAACAGCCUAUUUUCCUACUCAGCUCAAACAGACAGUAAUUGCCGUUCAACACCUUAUUUCAAAGGGGGUUAAACCCGAGAACAUCCAAAUGGCGGGUGAAUCUGCAGGAGGGGCAUUGAUCCUUCAACUCUUUUCCCACAUCCUUCACCCGGUACCAGGCGUACCGCUCCUUCCCAAGGGCAUUCAAUUUGCGAGCGCUUGCAUAAUGUCUCCAUGGGUCACCUUAACUGCAGACUCGGGAUCCCAUGCCGCGAACAGCGAUAAAGAUGUUCUGCCAGCAUCUGCAUGGGCAUACCUAGGCCAACAGUCUCUGCCCUCCGUAUCCUCAACCACGCAGGCAUACUUAGAAGCUCUGAAGGCUCCGGAAGGCUGGUUCGAAGGAAUUGACUGCUCAGUGCAAAGGAUCCUUAUUACGGUUGGUGAGAACGAGUGCUUGCGAGAUGAUGUUCUGGAGGUUGCACGGAAGCUUUCGUCGACGCGCGAUGACAGGUCUGUCGUGACCACUAUCGUCCACAAGAAUGGAGUCCACAACGACCAAUACCUCGACUUUAUGUCAAAUGUGACGCCUGGUGAUUUAACGCCGCAAAUUAUCCAAUGGUUGCAGGAUGGACUUGGUUUUUCAAGUUGA